AUGUGUGCUGAUAUCAUCGCGCUGGGUUCUUCAAGGAAUGACAUCCAUUAUACUGCACAAUUCAGCGCCCCGUCUCCAGGUGGAGUGACUCGUCUAUGCGCCGACGACAAUGAUAAGAAGGUGCGAGAUUGGUUUCGAGACCAGGUGCUUGCUUUGGGCGCAGACUACAAGGUAAAUGCUACAGGCACCCAAUUUGCUCUCAUCGAGGGUAUGGACAACAGCAUCCCACCGAUUGCCAUGGGUAGUCAUCUCGACACGGUGGCGACGGGAGGCAGAUUCGACGGUCCAUUAGGUGUCCUUUGCGCGUUAGAAGUGCUACGAAGUUUCCGCGAACAAGACAUCAAGACACGAGCACCCCUCGUGGCCAUCAACUGGACCAACGAAGAAGGGGCCCGUUUCUUUCCCCCUCUGGGUUCGUCUCUCGUCUACGCGGGCCAAAGCACCAUAGAGGCCGCGCACGCCUCGUACUCGAACGACGGUUCCCCGGAAACCAUGGGCGGCGAACUCCAACGCAUAGGCUACGUGGGCUCCGGGCCCAACACGUUCGACGAAUUCUCCAUCUCGGCGCACUUUGAGGUCCACGUCGAGCAACAGAGCAGCCUGGAGCGGGCCGACAAGCCCGUCGGCUGGGUGCAAGGGUGGGAAGGCAUGACGUGGUACGAGGUCGUGUUCCGGGGAGCCGACGGCCACGCCAACACGGCCGACAUGCACGGGCGGAAGGACAGCGUCCAGGGCGCGGCCAGGUUCAUGACGAGCGUCGAAACGCUCGCCCACAACAUGCACGGCCGCAGCACGGUGACGGCCAUCGAGAGCGGGCCCGUGGGGGCUUGCAACAUCCAGUCCCGGACGAAAGUGGUGUUUUGCCUCAUGCACGCCGAGGGUGAGGGCUUGCUGGAGAUGGGCCGACGGGCUGAGGGGUUGGCCAAAACCGCGGCUUCGACGCACGGUCUGGAGCUCGACAUGACUCGGUCCCUUCAUAUCUUGCCGGGAGACUUUACACCGGAGGCGGUGGAUUGUGUCGCCCGCGCGUGCGGCGACAAGGGGGUAGGCGCCCGUACCUUGACGGGCCACGACUCUCUUGAGACCUUGCUCGUCGCCCCGACGGCCAUGGUGUUUGUCAGGUCCAAGGACGGCGUGAGCCAUUCGGCAAAAGAGUGGAGUGACAAGGAUGAUUGUGCUGAAGGGGCUUUGGUACUGGGGAAGUCGGUCUUGAAUUUUGACGAGUAUCUGUUGAAAAAGUAA